AUGAGGCCUUUGUCGGGUAAGGAGGGAGGAACGCUCAAACAUAUGGAAGCACUUGGAGUCCGCAUUACACCAGGAAUUAUUCACUUUUCUGAUGUUCGCACAUCAAUCACUCAAGUGAUGACUGUCCAAAUUCACAACAUCUCACUGAAUACAAAGCAAAUACGAGUUUAUCCUCCUAAGUCUGACGACCUGAAACUUAUAAAUGAAUCCUUUGAAAGGCCGAUUGCUGCCGGGAUGAAAAGUUCCGUGUGGGUAAAGCUGCAUUUGAAGCACGAUGGUGCUGACUUUGAAGACCGUCUGGUUAUCACCGUAGAUGGAGAAACGCAGAUGUUGCCGAUUUUG